GGUACGAUUAGUGUGAGGCUGAUAACAGUUGCAACCCUGUGAUAAGAUGGGAUGGCUACCCUCCAACGAUAAAAAUCCAUCAAGUAGUGGCUGGUGGUCCUUUGGUGGUUGCUCGUGCAUGGUGGUGGGGUGCCCAGCAAGCAAUAACAACCAGGACUACCCUAUGACGGUGCAAGUACGACAAGAAGGGCCAACGUUUAUCAGUGGUAUCACACAUUGUUGUAUCAAAGGCCAUGGAUGCGGCUGGCAUCCCUCUUCCAUGGAGACAACUCCACCUUUCUCUUACAUAUUCAUCGCUAUGGCAAACUUUGGUUUAAUGAGAUUUACCCCUUCGCGGCUUGGCGGAUUAGUGGGAGUGCUCUUUCGAUUCCACAUAGUUCACACUCCAACCAUGGGCAAAGCUAGCCACUAUUGUCCCUUUGGUUAUGGGGAAGCUAUUCUUGGCAAGGCAUUCGCUCCAAUGAAGCUUGGCGUUGGUGAUGCUACUCGACUUUGCCAGAAAGGGUUAGGUGGCAAAGACGUGGAAGUAAACUUGAUUCCCAAAAUAGUACCAUUUGAUGCUAACCAAAGGUUGGAAAUCUUGCUAGAAACUAACUAGAGAAGCUGUUUUGGUCACCAUCAGCAACUUGCAACCAUAUUUAAUGCAAGGUUGACUGCACAAGUUCCAUGGCAUCGGCAACUACUGUAAAAGAUUACUAUUUGCUUGAAGAAUCUUCUAAAAUCUCGUGCAGAGCUUGGGGAACCUACCAAAUCCUGUGCAGGUAUUGUUUUUGCCAACUGCACUCAAGCACCUUCCUCAAGAUGGGAUUUCGUAUUGCUAGAAGCAUUACUAGAAAUAUACAAUUUCUAGUUCU